UGUUGCUAUGUCUAUGUAUUAUUGUCACAUUUAUUUUUAUGUUACAUUUUUUUUCCUAGUACGACUUGAUUAGGAGGUUGGUUUCGAUUAGGAUGAUUGUACAUAUCAGUAGCCAUAUUUUUUUCCUAUUCUUUAGCGCACUAGUAGCUGGCAGAUGAGAAAUUCGAGCUGCGUCAAUUGUAUAUAGACCGUAGGCCUCAUCUGUGAGAUAACAACAAUCAAUACAAAAAUAUUAUAUUCUUCUGCUUGUUUUUCUAUAUGGUAUCAGAGCAGUUACGAACUGGGCUGCUCUAUCACGAAACAAAAUAGCAUCAUCAUGGCCGAAAACUUUGAGGAAGAUGCUAUUGUACGUAGAGUGCAAAAUACUCCCAUGCACAAGCCCAACCUCACGGACGAACAGUGGCGAAAUUUCCUAAGGAUGCUGGACGAGAGUACACAAUCUAAUACUCAAUGGCUCCUGGACUCCGGGGCAUCAUACCACAUGACCGGAGAUGAUACGGUUUUGACGAAGACAUGCAAGAUGAAUCCUAUUUCGGUCCAAUUACCUAAUGGUGAAGUAACCCGAGCGACACAUGUUGGUGACGUGCAGAUCAGUUCACGAUUAAAAUUGGAGAAAGACCUACUUACGAGCAUACCGAUUGGAGUGGGUGAUCGACGAGGGGGAGUUUAUUUUUUUUCGGAGUCUUGAUCAACCUCAAGCACAUGCGGUGGUGGUGCCAGACUCAGGUGAACUGUGGCAUUCUCGAUUGGGACAUCCAUCAGUGAAGGUUUUGCGUUUGGUUAAUAUUUUGAAUAAGGCAUCGUUGAAAUCCGUUCAGAAUGAUACUUGUGAUGCUUGUUUACGUGGAAAACAAACCCGUGAUGUUUUUAAUAUUAGUCUUGCACGUGCUGUUGAACCUUUUGAAUUGAUACAUUGUGAUGUUUGGGGUCCAUAUAGAACGCCGGCCACAGGCGGUUCACGUUAUUUCUUGACUAUAGUUGAUGAUUAUUCCCGAGCAGUGUGGGUACAUCUGAUGAGGGAGAAAAGUGAGGUCAAAAAUAUUCUUAAGCAAUUUUUUGCUAUGACGUCUAGACAAUUUAAUAAACCCGUGAAAGUUUUCAGAAGUGACAACGGCAAAGAGUUCAUUGGUUUGCAAGAAUAUUUUUUGACUCAUGGAAUAAUUUUUCAAACGUCGUGUGUUUAUACUCCACAACAAAAUGGUAGGGCUGAGCGGAAGCAUAUAUAGGCAUAUACUUGAGGUAGCACGAACUCUCAGAUUUCAUGCAAAUUUGCCUAUUGAAUUUUGGGGUGAAUGUGUGUUAGCGGCUGGAUAUUUGAUUAAUAGAUUGCCGUCUCCUGUGAUAGAAAAUAAGAGUCCGUACGAAAUGUUGUAUAAAAAACCUCCUUUAUAUACUCAUCUUAGGGUAUUUGGGUGUUUAUGUUAUGCACAUUCUAAGGAGACAACAGGUGACAAAUUUGCACAACGUGGAAUAAAGUGUGUAUUUUUGGGAUAUGCUUACACACAAAAGGGUUGGAAAGUAUAUGACUUAGAAAAACAACGACAUUUUAUUUCUCGUGAUGUGAAAUUUAUUGAAACCAUUUUUCCGUUCAAAAUGGUGGAAAAUAAUACUGGCAGCACGAUUAAUUACGACCGAGAAGCUAAGUCUGGAGAAAAGGUACAGGAGUUGGACCAUUAUGUGCACACUUUGGAUGAUCCACCUUCCUAUCCAGCCACGUGUGAGGACAUUAUCCUCACACCAUCUCAAGCAUCUGGAGACACGUUACACAUGCAUACGGAUAAUCAUGCAUCACCAUCAUCCCAGUUGGAUACGCAUGACACGGGACCAAUUGACAGCAUCUCAACCCCUUCACCUGGAGACAACCCCAGUCGACGCGGGACACGGCAACGGAAACCACCAACCUGGCAUCGAGACUAUGACGUGCAGUUGAACACUGUGAAAAUAAACUCCUCUCCUGUCGUUAACUCACACCCGUCGGUUGAAUCAGCUAUAUCAGCAGCCAAAGAACCGUCCACUUUUAGUGAAGCUUCCCGAGAUCCACAGUGGAGAGAAGCUAUGAGCCGUGAAAUUGCAGCUCUCGAACGAUCAGGUACCUGGCGCAUUCAAGACCUGCCGAGUGGGAAGAAGGCCAUUUUUUGCAAAUGGGUGUACAAAAUUAAAUACAAAAGUGAUGGCUCAGUGGAACGCUACAAAGCACGGUUGGUCGUUUGUGGUAAUAGACAAGUGCAAGGCAUUGAUUAUAGUGAGACAUUUGCUCCAGUUGCUAAAAUGGUAACUGUUCGUACCAUUUUAGCGGUAGCCGCUUCUCGUCACUGGGAGCUUCAUCAAAUGGACGUGGAUAAUGCAUUUCUUCAUGGGGAUUUGCAUGAGGAAGUAUACAUGCACUUGCCUCCCGGAUACUCCGCCUCCUCCCCCGGCAAGGUAUGUAGAUUGCUUAGAUCACUAUAUGGCCUACGGCAGGCUCCCCGUUGUUGGUUUUCUAAGCUCACUGGUUCUUUGCGUGCUUAUGGUUUUUGUCAGUCACACGCCGAUUAUUCUUUAUUUACCCUACGACGAGAUGAUCGGAUUCUGUGUGUUUUAAUUUAUGUUGAUGAUCUACUUAUCACCGGCAAUGAUCAUGAUAUGAUUGUCGCAUUUAAGAGCUUCUUAGCUGCUUCUUUUCCAGUCAAAGAUUUGGGCAGAAUGAAGUAUUUUUUGGGAAUUGAAGUAGCGCGCAAUUCUACUGGGAUAUUCUUGUGUCAACGCAAAUAUGUGUUGGAUAUUUUGGCCGAAACAGGUUUGACCGGGGCUCGGCCUGUCUCCUUUCCUAUGGUGCAGAACCAUAAAUUACAAUCAGAUACUGGGCCUAAUUUUUCUGAUCCAGACCGCUAUAGGCGGUUAGUUGGGAAGUUGAUUUAUCUUACCUUGACUAGGCCAGACAUUUGUUAUUCCGUUCAUAUUCUAUCUCAGUUUAUGCAAUGUCCAAAAGUGGCACAUUGGGAGGCUGUUUUACGUGUUCUCCGCUAUCUAAAAAGCCACCCUGGUCAGGGCAUCUUAUUACGGUCCGAUUCACCCCUCACUCUAACCGGUUUUUGUGAUGCUGAUUGGGCUAGUUGUCCCGUCACACGUCGUUCUGUGACUGGCUAUUUUGUUUCUCUUGGACAGUCGCCUAUAUCCUGGCGAACCAAGAAACAAGCCACCAUUUCUCGUUCUUCAGCAGAGGCUGAGUAUCGUUCCAUGGCUGCCUUAACUUGCGAACUCAUCUGGCUACGCAACUUGCUUCGGUGUUUGGGGGUAGUGCAUCCUUCACCAGUACAACUUUAUUGUGAUAAUCAAGCCGCUUUGCAUAUUGCUUCCAAUCCGGUGUAUCACGAGCGGACCAAGCACAUAGAACUCGAUUGUCACUUCAUUCGGGACCAUAUACAGGCCGGAACUAUCUCUCCAUCCUAUACAUCCACUUCUGAACAACCUGCGGAUAUGCUCACUAAAGCUCUUGGUGCAUCUCAAUUUUCUUAUUUGCUUGCCAAGAUGGACAUUUGUGAUCCCCAUGCUCCAUCUUGAGGGGGGUGUUGCUAUGUCUAUGUAUUAUUGUCACAUUUAUUUUUAUGUUACAUUUUUUUUCCUAGUACGACUUGAUUAGGAGGUUGGUUUCGAUUAGGAUGAUUGUACAUAUCAGUAGCCAUAUUUUUUUCCUAUUCUUUAGCGCACUAGUAGCUGGCAGAUGAGAAAUUCGAGCUGCGUCAAUUGUAUAUAGACCGUAGGCCUCAUCUGUGAGAUAACAACAAUCAAUACAAAAAUAUUAUAUUCUUCUGCUU